CUCCUCCUCACACAACUCACUUGCUUCUUAACUUCCUCUCUUUUCAUCUCUCAGUUGCUCCCUCGUUUCCUGCUGUGUUCAGUUACCCCGUCCUGUGAGCUAUCUUACUCCCACUCCCUGCCCUCAUCUGCAAAGCGAGCUCUGCACGCAUGCUUUGCCAACAGGAAAUGGGUUCCAAAAAGAAAAUGGGCUACAAGUGUCGCAUAGCAGGAGUGAUGCUCCUAUUGAUUGGAAGCAUUGCUGCCCUUGUUGUUGUUGCUGUUGUCCAGGACAAGUUAAAGGUUAAGGAGUAUGGAUUAGAGUUUGGCAUUGUGAUAGACUCCGGUUCCUCUCGCUCCAAUGUCUACCUGUACGAAUGGCCUGGGGAGAAGGAGAACGAGACCGGGGUGGUGACUGAAAGAAAGAACUGUAAAGUUAAUGGGGCUCCUAUCUCAGAACUCGAGGUCAGUUCCAAGGAAGAUGAAAAAACUUUUAAAGGAUUUCAAGACUGCAUGGAUAAAAUCAAGAAUCACAUUCCUGAAGAAAAGCACAAAACCACACCCCUGUUUCUGGGAGCGACAGCUGGGAUGCGUCUGCUAGAAAUGAAAGAUGAGAAAAGAGCCAAUAAAAUCAUGGGAAAACUCAGAGACUUCCUGAGUAAACAAGACUUCCAGUUCCACAAAGCUUCCAUCAUCACCGGACAGGAAGAGGGGCUGUACGGGUGGAUCACAGUGAAUUACCUGAAGGAAAAUUUCCUACAGAAAAACAUGUGGAACACUUACAUCCGUCCAAAUGGAGCAGAGACAGUCGGGUCUAUGGAUCUCGGCGGAGCAUCAACACAGAUCGCCUUCCAAGUUCAGGAACGUGGGGAGGGGGCUGACUACAAGAGUGUCAAGCUGUAUGGUUAUCCCUACACUGUCUACACACACAGUUUCCUCUGCUACGGCAAAAAUGAGGCUGACAAGAAGGUUUUGGACAAAGUAAUCAGGGAAUCAUCUGACCCAGCCUACGUAAUAAAUCCCUGCUACCCCAAAGGUUUCAACAUUACCAUACAAGCUUCAUCCAUUUAUGACACGGUGUGCAUACUGAAACCCAAAAACUACAACUCCAAUCAAGAGUUCUACAUGGUUGGAGGGGCCGACUCGGAAAAAUGCGGGGAAAUAGUGAAGUCCAUAUUUAACUUUCGGAACUGUUCCUCAAAGCAGUGCUCCUUCAACGGGGUGGAGCAGCCGCCAGUGACCGGAGAUUUUAUGGCAUAUGCUGGAUUCUUCUUCAUCGCUCGAGCGCUGGAGCAGAGUGGGAAAUCCGACCUUGAUCAGUUCAACAUUGCUGUUGGGAACUUCUGCAACACUGACUGGGCCGAGCUAAAACUAAAAAAGCACUGGAUCUCUGACGGAUACCUCAAGACCUACUGCUUUGCCAGUCACUAUGUCCUCACUCUUCUGGCAGAUGGCUAUAAGUUUGACAAUGAGACUUGGAAAAAUAUUCACUUUGAACAAAAGAUAAAGGAAACAAGCAUAGGCUGGAGUUUGGGCUACAUGCUGAGCAUGUCCAACAUGAUCCCGUCUGAAGUGAAAGAAAUCACUCCAAUGACAAACCCGGUCUUUGCUGGUCUCAUCUUUCUGUUUUCAGCUCUAAUCAUUGUAACAGCAGUCUUAGGAUUUAUCAUCCUCAUUCGUAUUUGCUAUUGAUAGGUGAUGAAAGGAAAUUAAGGAGAGCAUAGGAAAUUAUUUUGUUCUUUGCUGGAAUGUGCUGCAGCAGCAUGUGAUCAAGCAUGUUUGUGGAACAUCACUAAAUUAAGUGAUGUGUUUUUUUUUUUUUCAGUUCAAACUUCUGAUGCAAGAUUUACAUAGAAAAUGUAUUUGCACUUAAGUUUAUGGUUAAACAUUCUUUUUUCCCAGUGCUUGCAAAAGAUAAAUCACAUUGCAGGAGGACAACACAUAUUUUGCUUGCACUGGUCGAUUUUUUUUUCUCAGCAUCCACAGAAAAAUUGUGUUUUUUUUUUUGUUUGUUUUUUUUUUGUUGAAAAUAUCCAAAAUGUUGUUCUAAUGGGAACAUCAAGGAAACUUAUCAGUAUUUGUCCUGUUUCCUCAUGAUGAGGUAAUGCCCCUCCACUUCCGGUGUCAGUUCUACUUUUAGGUCACAGAUUCAUCACACAUCUAUGUAAGCAGACAUAAACAGGCCAUCCUUUUUUAUUUGAACAAAAAUGAAUUAGAAAGGGAUGAAGGGGUGAGUCGCCUCUGAGUCGCAGUAUCAGGGAACAGCAGUGCUCCUACCUGGCUUGAUAAUGACACGUCUUUAUUGCUUAUUGUAAUAAAUAAUAAAUUGUGAAUGUUUUUGUUAUAAUUGUAUUCAGAAAAACAUCAAGCAGUAUAGGAGGUGCGUAGCGCUGAGAUAAAACCUUCAGGAAAUGGCUCAUUUGCACUCUUUAGACUUUGGUUGCAUUUUUUGGUCGCAUUACGUAACUUUUAUUUAGUAACAAUGUUUUGUGGGACCAUCACUGUGUUAUGACAGUAUACUACAAUGACCCAUGCAAACUCAUCUGCCUCGUCCCAGUGUUCCCAGUACCAAAUGCAGAAAUUGAGCGCUCGGUCAGAAACAACCAAUCAGAGCCAGGAUGAGGUCUUAGUGCUGUAAAUCACUCUCGUGUACUAGCCGCUCACCCCACCCCCUUUUCUCAAUGCUACAUAACAGAAUUUUUUCAACAACAGAGAAUGUCAUGAAUGCUCAGUCUAGUUAUAAUGGCCGCUGAUGGACAAUUUUCCUGUAUUGGUAAGUUGUUUUCUCCGCUAUUAGCACAGUUAGCAGUGCAUACACAAGAAUGAUUGACAGCACUUGGACCUUCCUCCUGGCUCCAAUUGGUUGUUUCAGAUCAGGAGUGUUGGAUUUUUUCUGAUGGCGAUAGUAGCACUGGAAGGAGGUGAAGGAAAUCAAUCUUUUCACAAGUUUUCUGUCAUACUGUUACAACACUUUUAAUAAAUAUGUAUAUGUUGCAGCUUUAAGCGAUAAACAGGGCAGUGCCCAAAAAACACAUCUCUGUUUUUUCUUCAUCCCUCCUUUGAUCAUAGAAAGAUUAUGGUGGUAAAGCUCCAAGAACAAAAGUUUAAACUAAACAUUAGUGUUUGAUUAUUGUCUGUAACGUUUUCACACUUUAUAUCAGACAUCUGAAGUAUUAUACUUAGAUGUGGAAGAUCCACUUACAGAGUAACACAAAAACCAACUCUCAUACAUGAGAUCACUGAAAAACACUUGGAUGUCGUCAUGUCUUAUAUUCCAAAUUCAUUCAUGCAAUGGUUACGUAAUGUACCUAAUUAAAAAUAACUGUCUGUUCUUGAGGGUGUUUCAUUUUAGAACAAUUUUGACUGUACUUGAAAAACUGAUGCAUGUUUUUCAUUUUAUUGUACUUCCCCCACUGUUUCAAUGCUUUGAUAACUAACAUAACUGUAUAAUAAACAUGUUCUUUGACUGCA